UUGUAUUUUAUUUCUUCGGCUUGAUUCUUUCUAUUAAUUUAAUUUGUUUAUAAUAAAUUAUUAAAAAAUAAAAUAAAAACAACAUGCUACGUAGACAAGCCCGUUUACGACGAGAAUUCCUCUACAAAAAAUCAGCCGAAGUCCGUCACAAAAAACUACAAGAUAAAAAAGAGUUGCUAGAAAACAGUUUGCAAAAAAAUACACAAAUUCAUGGCAAUCUCCAGAAGCAAGCAAUUCAACUUCAAGACAAACUCAAAUACAAUGUUGAUGAUCCAAAUGGUGUCACCGAAGCAAAUAUCGACGAUGAAUACCGUUGGGCUGGUUGUGAAGAUCCCAAAAUAAUGAUCACAACCUCUCACAGUCCUUCAGCACGUCUUAAAAUGUUUGUCAAAGAAUUGCGUCUGCUAUUCCCCAAUGCACAACGAAUGAAUCGUGGUAACUACGAGGUAAAGCAACUUAUGCACGCUUGUCGUGCCAAUGAAGUGACAGAUUUCAUUAUUGUCCAUGAACAUCGAGGUGUUCCGGACAAUUUGGUUAUCUGCCAUUUGCCUUACGGUCCGACGGCAUUCUUUAAUAUCUCUGGCGUGGUAAUGCGUCAUGAUUUGCCAGAUGUUGUGCCAAUGAGCGAACAGAAACCACAUCUUAUAUUUCAUAAUUUCAAAACAAAGUUGGCCGAAAGGACAAUGAAUAUAUUGAAACAUUUGUUCCCAGUUCCGAAGAAGGAUUCCAAACGUGUGAUGACAUUUGCUAAUCAUGAUGAUUACAUUUGUUUCCGUCAUCAUACUUAUCAGUAUGUGAAUAAGGAAUUGGAGUUGAAGGAAGUUGGUCCGAGAUUUCAAUUGAAGUUGUAUCAGAUUAAAUUGGGUACAUUGGAUGAACUGCAAGCUGCUAAUAUUGAAUGGGUUUCAAGGCCGUAUAUGAAUACAGCGGCUAAACGAAGAUUUUUAUCUGAUGAUGAUGGGUGGGUGCAAGAUGACGAUAAUAAUGUGUAGUUUAAUUUGAAGAAAUAAAAGCGAUUUUAUAUAAAAAGAAAUAAGGUU